AUGGAGGACGUCCUUGCCAAGUCAUGGGCACAAAUCAAAUGGGAGGAAGAUCAAUACAGCCACCACCGAUCUUCACCGAACAGAAACACUAGAAGAGACUCCAGGGUGGAUAGGAGGACAAAUGAUAGGCGGUCUGAGCCUUACCCAUCUCCACGACAAGAAUACAGAAGGAGACAGUAUGACCAACCUUACGAGAUGCGACCACGUGAAAGGGCCAAGAUACCAGAGUACAACUUAUCUAUCUCGCCAGCCGAGGCGGUCUUAGCUCUCAAGAAUCUAGGCAAUAAAGUCAAAUGGCCAGAAAGGAUGAGGGCCCCAGCCGACCAGAGGGACAGGUCCAAGUGGUGUGAGUUCCAUGCAGACCAUGGGCAUCGGACAGAGGAUUGCAUCGCCCUCAGAUUGGAAGUGGCCCACCUACUAAAUCAAGGCCACCUCACCGAUUACCUAACCGAAAAGGGUAAGCUUACCCCACAACAAGGAAGGGAUAGACAAGAGAAACACAGAGACGACAGCCCACCAGACCCGCCACACCAUGAGAGAACUGUGAACGUGAUAUCCGGAGGCUCCGAAGUCAGCGGAAUCACCCACUCAGCCGCCAAGAGACACGCCAGACAGGCUAGAUCAAGCAAAACAGGGGCUCCGCCUUCCGGCAAAGCUGGACCAAUGAAUCCAACCCUAACAAUCAGCUUUGCAACAUCCGAAUCAGACAAGCUUCUACACCCCCAUCAUGAUGCUUUAGUUAUUUCCAUUUAUAUUGCUAACUGUUUAACAAAGCGUGUGCUAAUAGACAACGGUAGCUCUGCCAAUAUUUUGUUUUGCAGUGCAUACAGGGAGAUGGGUUUGGGCGAGUCGAAACUAAUCAAGAAAGCGGCCGUACUCGUUGGCUUCAGUGGCGAGAGUACGACUACUGUAGGAGAGAUCGAUCUUCCCGUCUACGCAGAGGGAGUCAACCUUUCCACUAGGUUUCUCGUGGUAGACGCCCCGUCAGCAUACAACGUCAUCCUAGGCCGUCCAUGGAUCCACGGAAUGGAAGCAGUACCAUCCACCUAUCAUCAAGUCAUACGAUUCCCAACCAAGUGGGGAGUUAAGGAGAUUAAGGGAGAGCAGAAGGACUCCAGGGCGUGCUACCAAACCACUAUGAAAGCGAAAAGCCCGUCCUUAUAG